GAGAUUCAUUUCAUUUUAAACUGUGUGGCGAAGCGGUUCGACAGCGCAAAAAGCUCCUGCGGACUCCGGCAAUCGGCACAAGUGGCUGCUGCAGAGUGUCCUUUCGCGCCUGGGAAAGGAUACUUUCGUCGGUUGAGAUUCGAAAAUAGGGGGUGGCUAACGUGAUAGAGCGCUCAGUUGUGUGCUGCGUUUGGAGGAGGAAACAAGUGGUUGCUGCCGUUUAGUGGAUGCGUGCUGGGAAUCCGAUCCCAAGAAGAGGAACAUAUAUUGGUGAUUUUUAUACGCCAGCAAGUGAGAAGCGGCGGGAAGUUAGUUUGGUAUCAUCACAAGAUAAUCCAAGAGCUGAACAGCGAUGACGGAAGAGCUCCAAACACAGCAGCAAACCCAGCAAGCCCAACCCCAGCAGCAGCAACAACAGCAGCAGCAGCAGCAACCGAAUCAACCGCAGCAAAAAGCACGCCCCGGUCCCAAUGACUAUCGCAACUCGGAAUUCGUCACGAAGCUCAUGGCAGCCAAUCCACCCUACCUGUAUUCCCCCGCUAUCGGGCCUCAUAAUUUCUUCUUCAGUGAAAUGCUGCGAUCAUUGGUCGCAAACAAGCGUAACGAAAGUCUUCGCAACGCAGAACAAUUGCACCACCAACAACAGCAGCAGCACCAGCAACAACAACAACAACAGCAACAAGCUCAAGCUCUAUCGUUACCUACUCGCAGACCGAGAAAAAGAUCCUGGUCACAGCACAGACUCUAUCCCGAAUCUCUGCGGGACAGCAAAGAAGUGGAGGAAAAAAUUCCCGGCCAACCAGAGAAACCCCUAGAGCUGACUAAUAAACUAUCCGCCUUCACGCGGAACAUAACCUCAAAAUAUCAAGAUGACAGUAACGACAACUAUAAAUCACCACAAGAUGUGAAACCGUCUGGUGACAAACCUUCACUAAACAAUAGUCUAAUUCCGGAUCCACCAACCGCUUCAAUGCCCCCUUCAGACCUUAUUCUACCCCCACCUCCACCGGUUUGGUAUCCACCGCUCUAUCCUCCGUACGGAAUCGAUCCACUCCACUUUUUCAUAGAUCUUCGUGUUUCCGGGCACAUUUACGAUCGCAAGAAAGAACUGGCAUCCCCAGACUCGGAAAACUCCGCUGCUGCAGUAAAAAAUGAGCACUCGAAGUUGAUUGGAACCAACGACCGACAAGGAUCGGCCUUCAGUGUCCCAAAGCCGCGCGAUGGUUUGAAGCCCAAUUCGGCCAUCAACCUAAGCUCACCCCCAUUACCAUCUGGCGAAGGGGACGACAAUCCACUUAAGGACGCAUCCGCCCUGUUUAUGAACGAAUUCAAAGAGAAUAAGUACGAUAUUAUCAAAAACACAAAUUAUGUUAUGCAAAAUCUGCCCCGAAUCUACGGGGAUCUGAAUCACACCCAGAAGGAACCUGGGGACGAUGAAGGAAAUGGGAACGUCAGCGAUGAUCAGCUGGAUUGUAAGUCGGUAGGAUCGAACGACGAUUACAAUGCGCUUGCAGAUGAUGGGAAGCUGCGGGAUUCCGACCUGAAUGUUAUCUCCGAUGAGGAGGAAUCCAUAGCCGUGGAUGAAAACUGAAUUCACUAGCUUAACUUCGCUAGAUAUAACUCAUAUAAAAUUUGAAGAUCUAAUUAUUGUUGUUUGGAAUGUGAUCGUCGAGAAGUAGAUAAAUGAAAAGGACGUAAUGUUAUGGAUAAAAUAAGGGGGCAAGAAUUUUCGAUUUUCGGGCCCGAGAUAACUGUAGGUAUGUGUUUUGAAUUGCCAAAAAGGGAAACUGCAGAACACAAAAGAUAAGGUUGUAACAUGAACAUUGUAAUUCACCGCUAAAAAUAAAUAAUGUUGUGAAAUAUCAA